AUGGGCUUCGAACGCAACAUUUCUCGCUACGAAACCUCAGCCGUCUACUCCCACCCAGACGCCAAGGUAGACAUCGUCCUCGUCCACGGCCUCAACGGCAACCCGGAAAAGACAUGGACCGCCAGCAACGGCACCUUCUGGCCUACCGAUCUCCUGCCCGAGUCCCUCAGGGGCGUCCAAGCCAACGUCCUCGUCUACGGGUACAACGCCGAUGUGUACUCGCGCAAGAACGACCGCAGCGCAAGCGACAACUUCAUACACCAACAUGCCCAGACACUCAUUACGAACCUCACUCUGUACCGGAAGAGCGAGGGCACUUUUCGAAACCCCAUUAUCUGGGUCUGCCACAGCCUGGGCGGCAUCUUGGUGAAGCGCGCGCUGCUGUACUCGAAUGACUUGCGCAUGACACACCAUCAAGACUAUCGAUCCAUCUACGUGUCUACAUUUGGCCUCGUCUUCCUCGGCACCCCGCAUGUAGGAUCAGACGCCGCUACGUGGGGGCUCAUGCUGCAGGGCAUGGCGGAUGCCAUUAUGCCCAGGAAGUUGUUCGAGUCCGAGUCGGUGCUGCUCAAGACCCUCAAGAAGGACAACGAGACGUUGGCGAAUAUCAACAACCACUUCCUCGACAUCUACCAGCGGUUCAGGAUUCACAUGGUCCACGAGAACCACAAGACUGACAUUAAAGGCACCAAGAUCACAAUUGUCGAUGCCAACUCAGCAAGCCCCCAACUGCCCGGGGUAACAUACUACGGCGUGGAGGCGACGCACUCGCAAAUGUGCAAGUUUGCCAGCAAAAACGCCCCUGGUUUCCGAGCCGUGUCAACCGACAUUCGCCAAUGGGUCCAAGAUGCGCCCGCCCUCAUCAAUGUGCGCUGGGAAGCAGAAGAGCAGGACAAGGCUACCCGCAUGCGACACGAGAUCCAUGAACGAAUGUCCCCAUUUGAUCCCAAAGAUGUCUCCGUCUUCGCCAUACAUGACUCCGUCCUCACCAUUCGUAUCGCCAUCUUCGCCACGCCGAGAAAGCGACCUGUCCAACAUGUCGUCGCUGUCACUCAGCGACGGAUCCACCCUUUCUUCGGUAUCCCUCUCUUCGUCCCAUGUUCCGCGGACGUUUCUCGCCGCGCCGCCGAGGCAGGAUGUUGUCCCGCCAAAGAUUCCUACCGUGAUUGUGUUGGAUGA